AUGCCCGCCGGCACAAUGUUUGCCAAAUUCAAGAGCACCAACGUGGCCGCCUCCACAUCGAUGCAGAACGUGGCCGAGGGCAAUCCCAUCACGCAGUACUUCGAAAUCGGCAAGCCGGUGGCCUGUGCCGGCCCAGAGUUGGUGUGGCGCAUCCACGAUGCCUACCGCAAGAGCGACAACAGGGAAUGUUCAGUGUUUAUCUUCGAGAAGAAAAUUGCAGAGAAACUGCAUAAGCCGCGGCGCAAGGAGGCCAUAACGGAGCUGCUAAAGAGUUCGGUGAAGACUCUGGAGCGUUUUCGCCAUCCGCGGAUACUCCAGAUCUAUCACACGGUCGAGGAGAGUGCGGACACUCUGGCCUUUGCCUCGGAGCCCAUCUUUGCCAGCCUCUCAAAUGUGCUGGCCUUUCACGAGUCGAAGACCUACGAGAGCGCCAAUGUGACCCCGACUACGGGCGGAGCGGCGGCAGCCCAGGCACAAGCGGCGGCUCAGGCGGCGGCCAACACUUUGCCCCAGCGACCUGCCCAUGCCAAGGAAUACAAUUUCUUGGACAUGGAGCUGAAGUACGGCUUUCUCCAGCUGACCGAGGCCCUGGCAUAUCUGCACUAUUCCGGUCACGUAAUUCAUCGCAAUGUGUGUCCAUCUUCUAUACUAAUAACAAAGCGCGGCAUUUGGAAGCUGGCCGGGAUGGAAUAUGUGGAAAGAAUGAACGAGAACGAUUUGAAUAGCUCCAUUCCGUGUCCGCCGUGGAGCAACAGGGUGUCCAAGAUGGCCCAGCCGAGUCUGGACUUUAUGGCUCCCGAAACUCAGUCAACGUCCAAGUGCAGCCUCCUCAGUGACAUGUUCUCGCUGGGAAUGGUGAUCUGUGCGGUAUACAACAGCGGAAGGCCGCUGAUUCAGGCCGGCAACUCCACCUCCAACUAUGCCAAGCAACUGGAAACGCUGGAUGAUCUGGUCCACAAGCUUAUGCCCCGGCUGCCAAUUGCCCUGCAGGAGGCCACCUCCAGAAUGGCCAGUAGGGAUGCAACCGCCAGGCCCACCGCCCAGCUCCUGCAGCUCAUCAAGUACUUCAUCGAUCCGGCUAUAAAUGCCCUUAAAUUCCUGGACGUGGUCAACAUGAAGGACACGCAGCAGAAGUCGCAGUUCUACAAGACCACCUUGAUAGAAGCCAUGCCGCUGAUACCACGUAAACUCUGGUGGCAGAACAUCUGGCCCAUGCUCAAGUCGGAGAUCAACAAUAACGAGGUCCUCGCCGCGGUCCUGCAGCCGGUCAUGCUCUUUGUCCAGGAAGCCACGCACACGGAGUACGACAACCUUAUGUCGGCCACCAUGAAAGUCGUCUACAAUACACCGAAAUCCAUUCAGGCCAGCGUUACGAUACUUGAGAAUUUGCAUUUGAUUAUCGAGAAGACGAAGCCGGAGGAUGUCACCACGGACAUAAUGCCAAUGUUGUUCUGCUCCUUCGACGGCUCCACGAUACAAGUGCAGAGUGCUGCCGUUGUGGCCGUGGCCAAUGUGUUUGAUAGCAUCGAUGAGCUCUCCAUCCGCCGCAUGGUGCUGCCCAAGGUGAAACUGGUGUUCGAGAAGAACAUUACAGAUCCGAAGAUAGUGCAGAAUGUGCUGAUGUGCAUCGAGCGGGUAAUGGACCGCAUGGAGCGGGCGCAGGUCAUGGAUGAGGUACUGCCUCUGUUGGCAAACAUAAGGAUUCCCGAUCCCGAUAUCAUCAUGCGUACUGUGCGCAUCUAUCAUAAACUGUUUGUGGACAAAACGUACGGCCUGACCGUGGAGACCAUGGCCACCAACGUGCUGCCCCUGCUCAUACCGCACACCGUCAAUCCGGCACUCAAUUUCGAGCAAUAUUGCUACCUGCUGGAGGUGUUGCAGCAGAUGCUGGAGGCAAUCGAUCGGCAGCAGAGGAACAAAUUGAAGCUGGACAAUCUGUCGAUGGCCUCGCCGGAAAGGCAUCGCACCCUGCGUCACCAGUUCUCCACGGACAACAUGAAUGCGCCGCCCUUCAACAUACCCAACUUGCGCAUAGAUCAACGCAAGACGUCCAGUGCCGAGGACAUGGCCCGCAAGAACUCUGGCGGAUCCGGCAUGCUGGGCGGCUGGUGGUUCGGCUGCUCGCCCUCGUCGCCGGACAGUAACUUCCUGCGAGUGGGCAACGUGUUCCCCAACCGGCGGCUGUCGGACAACACGCUGAUGACUCCGAAGAUCAGGAUAGCGCCCUCGUGCGCCAGCUCGCCAGGCGGCACUCCGGGCAGCGGGCUGCCGACCAGGAGGCACUCGAGCAUCGGGCCGCAGGAGCGGCGGGGCUCCACCAUCAAUUUGUCACCGCCAACUUACGGUGCCCGCGGUAGCUCUGGAUCGAGUCUAUCGGUGCCCUCCACUUCGGUCUAUGUUAAAUCUCCUUUAUUGUACUCCCAAAAACAGGGUGGCUCCAUGCCGAACACCUCGAGCAGCGUCCCGUUUCUGCUCUCCUCCAGCAUGCAGAGCAUUAGAUCGCGCCGCCAGUCCACGGUCCUGUCAUCGGGUCCACUCGGCUCCGGAUCGGGCCUACUGCAGCAGCUGGGAUCCGGCAUGUAUCAACUAUUCUCCGGACGUAACUAAGAACGCAAAAAAUACAGAAAAAAUAACAUUCAAAAGAAUCCAAUUACUUUUCAAUGCAAUUUCGGUCCAUUUAUGAAACACCAGUAAUCAACUAACAAAUAUAUUAUAUAUAUAUUAGCGUUAUAUAAUUAUGACAUUGUAAACGUAUACCAAGAGCAAGCUUAAAACCAAUCUAAAUGUUGUUAGCCAAUCCAAUUCGAUGUGACCAAAGCAACAAAGGUAAUCCGCAAACUUAAUGUAAUUUAACCACAAGAGAAAUGUGUCAAACACACACACACACACACAAACACACAAUCCCCAAGGAUCUACAGAGAACACUAUGCAGAAUGCAAUCAAUUCAUAGAAGCCCCUUAAUAAUACAUACAUAUAUUUAUUAUAAAUGUUUACGCUAGGCCCAAAGUACACGUCAAAUAUUCCUCACAUAUAGCAUACUGAUAUUUUUCUUAUUAUUUAAUGCAAUCAUAUCAUAAGCAUUCGAUUUGUGCGCUAAUUUUAUAUUUAUCAGCAUAUAUCAUAUCCCUAGAGCAUAAACAUAAACACCUCAAAUAUUAAUAUGCAAUUAACUACAAUCGAAACCGAGUACCUACUGUACGACGUACCUAGGCAUCAAGAGAAUCAAAUUUAUCCCAGAGCUUUACGGCAGACGCAAUCAAAAUGAAUAUACAUAAAUAACCACGAAUAUGAAAGGAUAUUUUUAUCGAUCGAGAGUUCCAGCCUGCCCCCGCCACAUCAUCCAAUCCAUUCCAAAAAUACUUACACUGUUACCACUCCUGUUCAAGCGGAAUAUGCCAAAACGACCAGAAAACCAUACUCAAAACUACUACUAAGGUGAACACACGAAUCCUGAAACAGAUUAACGGAGGCAACAACUCAAACUCUCAGAUUUAUAGUCAAUUUGUAUAGAUGUGUGGUAAAUGGUAAACUCCUGAAACUACCCAUAUAGUGGAGAAGUCUUCGAUGUAUUCAUUACGAAAGCGGAAAUUAAGCGAUUAUCAUUGUUGUGUGGUAUGUUUUAGCGGCAAAUAGAAACCAAAUAUGAAUUUAUAUAUAUGUAUACAAGCAGAAGGAAAGGCGAACUCUACCUAGGACACGCUGAAACCUACCUUAUAUAUAUACACACGAAUGAUCUAUGCUCUGAGUAACACGACACGGGAACGGGACAAUCAAAAUUCUACCGACACGACACUCUUUGCCAAUACACUUUAACAAUUAUAAUAAUUAUUCGUUGCUGUUGCGUUUGUUUUGUGGUCUUCGUUGUGUUCGUUCGAUCCUGCGGGAUCUGCAUUUGGUUGAUGCCACGAUCUAAUGAUCCUGAAACUCCAGCAUAUCCUUGCCAUGCACCCGAAUCUGCUUUGCAUUGUGUUGAGUCCUAGUCUUAGUUAGUUUUAGUUGUUGACGCUCGUUUCGGUUACAUUUUCGGGAGCUUGGACCAGGCAUAUCGAUAUAUGGUUUACUAGCGUUUAA